AAUGUCUGAAGAGCUGCCACCGUCCACCGUCUAAGAAUGAAUCGCUACAUAACGUUGACCCAGCUGGGCGACGGUACCUAUGGCACCGUCGUCCUGGGCCAGCGCAAGGACACCGGCGAAAAGGUGGCCAUAAAGCGCAUGAAACGCAAGUACUACUCUUGGGAGGAGGCCAUGAAUCUGCGGGAGGUCAAGUCCCUGAAGAAACUAUCGCAUCCAAACAUUGUCAAGCUGAAAGAGGUGAUCCGGGAGAAUGAUACCCUUUACUUUGUGUUCGAAUACAUGAAGGAGAACCUCUACCAAAUGAUCAAAGAUAGAGACACCCAUCUGCCGGAACCUGAGCUCAAGAGUAUAUUGUUUCAGGUUUUAACUGGCCUUGCUUUUAUGCAUCGCCAUGGCUUCUUCCACCGUGAUCUGAAGCCAGAGAAUCUCCUCUGCUCCGGUCCGGAUUUAAUCAAGAUUGCCGACUUCGGCCUAGCCAGGGAGAUCCGAUCCAGGCCACCGUUUACGGACUACGUCUCGACUAGGUGGUAUCGGGCACCUGAAGUGCUCUUGCAUUCCACAAACUACGGCAGCACCAUCGACCUCUGGGCCAUGGGCUGCAUCAUGGCCGAGCUCUACACCUUCCGACCUCUCUUUCCGGGCAGCAGUGAAGUGGAUCAGCUUUUUAAGAUUUGUUCCGUACUGGGCACGCCCGAAAAGAGUGAUUGGCCGGACGGAUAUAGGCUGGCGUCCAUGAUCCAUUUCCGGUAUCCGGACUGCAUCAAAGUGCCACUCAGCAGCGUCGUCAGCCGCUGCAGCCAAAACGGGCUCGACCUUCUGGAGGAUAUGCUCGCCUACGAUCCCGAAAAGCGGCCGACAGCCCAGCAGAGCCUCAAGUACCCGUAUUUCCACGCCCUGAAGCGAAUCUCGCCCACCGCUGCCACCAAGGCAAACGUGCGGCUCAACUCCAAGUACGCGGCGGUCGCGGGAGGCCACCACAACCACCACCAGUCGCAGAACAACGUCUCGAACAAUGUGCUUCCGGUGCAGGAAAAGCUCCAAGCGGUCACCGAGUUGCUCCACCAGACCAACAACAACAACGUCAAUAACAACAACAGCAACAUGAAUCUUGGAAAGAGCAACAAUUUAAAUCAUGGGAAGGCGGCCUCUAAGAACCUGGGAGUGCCGCGAAAGUACCAGCCCAAGCUCAGUUUCCUGACCAACCACGAGUUGGCUGAUUCCUCCAGUUUGGGUGGAGCCGCAACCGAUGGAGUUCCGGUACAGGCCCAGAAUGGCAGCGAAUCUAUCAACGACAUAUACCUGAACCGCAACAUAUCACAGCUUUUCGGGCUGCCAUCGGGAACCCAGCAGCAUCCACACCCAGUGCACCAUCCAAACGUAUCCUUUAGCACGACGUCAUCCCGGAAUGCCGGAGCCAUCUACGUGAAUGGCAGCCACCUCGGCUACGAUGCGGCCAACAUGAAUGCCAAGAACAAUGCCAAGCUCGUGAUGGGCGUCCCCAACGGUGGAUACUAUGUGCCAGUGGCCAGGUCCUCGGUUCUGGCCCCCGAGGCCAAGGUGUACAACGUGUUCUCCAAAGUCAGUGCCAGUCAGGCUCCAGCGAGCAUCCUUGUCCGUCAGCCACCCGUACAGAUGCAGCUUCAGCCGGAAAACGGAGCUCCGCCGAUGAGGCUCUCGGGGAGAUCGCGUGCGGCAGCUCAGGAAAUCAAGCAGCCGUCCAUAAAGUCUGACGACUUGGAUCUCAUAUUGGGCUCCAAGCUGAAGACCUCCGCCAAACGACAGCGCAACGCCAAGGCCAAUAUACUCCUGGAGGACUUGUUCGGUCAGCUUUCCAUGGACUCGGACAGCGACGGGAAGUAUCCCCACACAGUACCCCCUACGCAGCAGGCUAAGAGCGGUGCGACAUCUACUGGUGGCCACCGGGAACGGGAUCGAGAUCGGGAUCGUGACCGGGAGCGAGAUCUAUUCGGGGACAGUUUCGUAAUCAGGCCAGGAUUACGAAAGAAGGCCACCCAGAGCAGCCUGGAGGUGAACAACGGCAGCCAUGUGGACUCGCUAGCUCAGAACACACAAAAGGAGAAACCCGCAGCCGCCGCCGCAUCCAGUUUUCCCUGGGAUGAGACCAACAAGACAGAGGACGAGAAGCUUACGGCUUGGAUGGUGGCCGAGAACGGUAACUUGGUUUUGGGUAGUCCCCAGCAAGCGUAGAUGUCGAGAGCACCCUCAAGUAGUUUUUUUGGUAGCUCCAAUUGGUGUUUCACACAAUCUCUAAUACAAAUCCAAUUGAAUAGUGUCCUUCCCUUUGGAAGAAGCAGGGGCAGACGACUCAAUCCCUUUAUCACAUUAUCCCAUUCCCAGGAUCACUUUUGGAGAAUAAGUUCUAAGGAGAUCGACUCGCUAAUUGCCGUUGUACCUGAAACAGAACGAGGAGAGUGACGAAAAUGUGCCUAUGUUGUCCUGGGUGUCUUUGAACUGAACCAGAACCCCUUACCACAUCCCAAAUCAGUCCAUAGAAUCAUCGUUUCGGCCCAUAGAGUUAGUCUAGUUUCGAUAUAAUGUUAUUGCUGUGAUACGACUAAGCUAAAAUAAUGUGUAAAGUAAGUUGUACAUUAAGCUA